UUUCUGUUUCAAAUUAACAAAUUAUGUUGAUUAAACAUUUGUCAAGUCUUUGGUUAAAUAUUUUUUAACUUUAAAUCAGAGAUCUAGUGCCUAAACUGUAUAGCAGUCGAUUCAGUAGACUAAGAUAUCGACAGCAUAGCAGUAUAGGCUAGCUGCUACAAUCUUGAACGCAGUAUAUCUGGCCUACAGUAUAUUUCUUGAACAGGAACUAGUACCUUAUAAGUGGAAUGGAAGAAAGGAGAAGAUAAAGUCAACAUGGGGAUGACAUUUUUUGCGCUGGAGAUGUUGCAGUCAGUGGUUCUGUUUGGAACACUGGCUGCCGGCUUUUUGGUGCUGCUAUUUCUGAUGCUGGAUAACUGCAAACACACCGUAAUAACUGUAGUCAUAGUAACGACUGGGCUGGUGCAUGAGUUGUACUGUGCAUCUGUGUUGGGGUAUUUCAAGCGUCUGAUGCAGAUAGAAAGUCUCAGACCAAAGGACGAUGGCUGUCGAGAUUUCUUUGUCCCAACGCUGAUUGCUAACACCAUAUUUGUUACAAUCAUAACUACCCAUGUUGUUCGUGCUGGAUCCUUCAUAAGGAAUAAAAGUACAGUGUACAAUUUGAUUGUUGUGCAUGCACUGCUUUCUAUUUCUUUGAUCAUUUGGCAAAAUCCAGAAAAGUCUUUACACCAAACGGCCUCGAUGAAUUUAACAUCAGAUGUGCAGGUGUACUUCACUGUUUGCAGGAACAAUGUGGUCCAGAAUUCUUCACAUAUUUUGAUGGAGUACAUACUUUACUAUCUUCCUCUUGUGUGCUUGUAUGUGUGGAUAGCCACGAAAUUAUCUACAGCUGAUACAGGAAUCUCCUUUUGGAACAUCGUCAUUCUGAAAUCCUGUGCCCAAAGAAAUUCCACCUGCAGCCGUUGUUACAAAAUGAACUAUGCCUUCCAGAUCGUGCUGUUUUACAUUGGUGUGGGGGUGGUGAUAGCUCGACCAUUUCAACUGUUAUACGGAGUCAUCCACAGUGAACCAGUGAUCGAUGUCAUUCCAAGCCUUAGUAACACUGUUGUGUAUUCCUUUUUAUCCCUGGAAUAUUUGACAGACUUUUCACAUGUGAAACAUGUUAACAUGCCACACUAAAUGGAUUUUGUAUAAAUAACUUAUAGUAUAUACCAAACUAUAGUAUACACAUACAUGUAUAUAGCAUCUUUUAUAUACCAGUAAAAAGUAUUUCAAUA